AUGAUUUCAAAAAAAGAUUUAAAAUUAACCUAUAAAAAUCAAAUUGUUAAUAAACAUUUCUCAUCAGUUUGUAAAACUGACUCAGAAUAUGAUAACCUAAUUCUAAAUUAGUUGAAUUUUUCAAUUAUUUCAGGUAUUACACUUAACCAUAAAUCUAGAUACCUUUGAAGAUCAAAAAAAUAUUACUACAGAUCAACACAUCAUAAAGAAUAGAUUGAGGAACAAUCAAUCAAAUAAGAGUAAUUAAGAUAAGAAAGAUUUCUCUGAUGUAGAAAGCAUAAAUCUAAAAUUUAAAGACACUAACAAAUUAAUUGAAAUUCUAGAGAACUAUAAGGAAGGUAGACUAUUAGACACUAUUAAUUAAAUGAAUAAUACUUUAGAACUAUUUUGUUAACAUAUUUGGGAAGACUAUAGAUGUUCCACUUAUAGUGGGUAGAUUAUUUUUAAUUAAGAUGAGGAUGAAAUUAUUUUAACAUUGAUUGACAUAUCAAAAUAAAAUAAGUAUUUUGAUGAACUCACCAAAGACCAAUUUAAAACCUAAGUAAAUAUUCCCUUUAUUACUUAGAUAGCCCAAUCCUUUUCGCAUGAAUUAAGGACACCUUUAAAUAGUUCAUGCAACUUCUUACAAUAUUGUCUUAAUCAUAAGGGAGUUGAAGAAGAGUUGAAAAAUAACUUUAUCUAACCUGCCAUCAAUGCCUUAAGGUUAUAAUCUUAUUUGAUCAAUGAUAUCAUUGAUUUUAGUUCAUUAUGUGCUAAAAAUUUAGAAUUAGAUAUCAAAGAUUUUCUCAUUAUGGAUUUAGUUGAUGAAAUUAACAAAUUAUUUAAGUCUGUUAUAGAAAUGAAAAAAUUAAUCUUGUAUGUUGAUUUAUUGGAAAACUAAAUAAAUAACAUUUGUACAGACUUUUAGAGACUAGUCUAAAUUAUAGUAAAUGUUCUACAGAAUUCAAUUAAAUAUUCGAAUUCUGGAUAUAUUCUUCUUAAGUUGACAUCAUAUUCAUAGAACUACUUAAAGAUUACAGUCAAAGAUGAAGGCUUUGGAAUAGAUGAACCUCGAUUAGCUAAAAUUCAUUAAAUGCUUUUGGAAGUUGAAUAAAAAUAAAACUUUUCCCAAUACUAAUCAUGGCAUGGAUUUGGUUUACUGAUUUCAUCUAUGCUGCUAUCAAAACUUUGUCCUGACGAUUUUAAAUCUUUAUUGAUUAGAUCUGGUGGAAUUGGGCAAGGAACAAAAGUGACAUUCUAUAUUAAGAAUCACAAGUUAAUUCGGUAAUCAUCAAGUGUACAUUAUAAGGACAAACCAAUAAGGCUAAACAGUAAACUAAAAUACAGUAAUCUAUCAGGCUCAUUUCACCAUUUAUCAUUAAAUGGGACCCUUAUUUAAAUUAGCGAUCUAUUUGUUUCUAAUCAAAAGGUUAAUAUUAAUGUUCCAUUUGUAUAAAAAGUAACACUCAAAUCUUUGAAAUCAAAUGAAAAUUCCAAUUUUUCAGAUAGCAUAAUUAACUUAGAUUAAGAUUUUUAGAUAUCAGAAAUGCAUCAUUUAUAACCAUUUUUAUUUACAGAAAAUGUUCAUCAGAGAGUCAAAUUAAGUAAAUAAGAGUAAUCUCCAAAAAGUAGUCAUAUUCAAACAAAAAUUGUUAGUUACAAAUAAUUAAAGCUUUAAGAAGAUCAAGAGAGUGAAUAAAAUUUAAAAGCAAUUAUGAAGAAGAAAAAAUGUAAUUGUAGGAAAAUAUUGUCAGUAGAUGAUGAAAUCUUUAACUAAAAAUCAAUUCAAUUUUUACUAUCAUAAUAGGGUUUUGAAAUCCUUCUGGUAUUAUUUAAUAUUAUAUUGAAGGCAUUUAAUGGAUAAGAAGCCAUUUAAGUAGUGAAAAAUACCCAGAAAUGUAAUUUGAAUUGUAGCUUAUUUUUAUUAAUUUUAAUGGAUUAUCAAAUGCCAAUAAUGAAUGGGUUAUAAUGCACUAAGCAAUUAAAAUAAAUGAUGGAUCAGCAUGAAAUCCCUUAAAUACAUAUCAUAGGAUUAACAGCAUUUAAUAGUAAGAAUGAUAUUCAUAUGUGUCUAAAUUCUGGGAUGAGUGACGUAUUAACUAAACCAUUAAUAAUAAAAGAACUUUUUGAAAUAUUACAACUUAUUUGA